AUAACAAAUUCGACAAUUUCAAUAUUAGUAUUCAUUGCUGCACUGUCGGCAAACAGCAUAAACUGUCAUGCGCCGCCCCAGAGCGUUAUGCGUAUCGAAAUGGACCCAGUGGGCAUGCAUAGAAAGCUAAAGUACACCAUAGAGUUCGCUGAAGCAAUAGCGAACUUGAAUUGUGAAUAUAUGAUCGCGCAACAGUUGCCGGCGGCCGUUUACAUUAGCACCGACGAGCUGGACGAUUUGCGGCGUUUGAAAAUGCUAAAUGCGAAGUAUCCCAAAUUCGUAGACGUUGAAAUUAUAACCGAAAAAGCGAAACCCUUCUCAGUACUUCUACGUGGAUCAACAAAGAUUAAAGAUCCCAUACAACUGCCCAUUCAUUUCCGUUAUCAUGCAGCGAGUCGUACAACCACCUUGGCCAAGGUAAAACUAGGCGCACCUCAACUUUAUAUAAGCUGUACGAACGACGAUAAGCAACUCAUUGACAAGGCAUUACUGGAGGAAUAUGAUAAAUUUUACUGCCUAGACGAAAGCGCAACUGAUUUUGUGGAACAGACCGAAAUGGAGAAAUGUAAUUGGCAACGAUUACAUAUGGAAUUGAGUAUAGAUAAACCACUGAUAGCUGAGAUACCUGUAGGCGAUGCCAAUGGCUAUGUUCCAGUUCUUUGUGCCACACUCAUCAUUAGUUGGGGAGCUACGGUUUGGAUUAUGCUGACCAUUCGAAAGGCAACCAAACGUAUUAAUAAACAACUUGCUGAGGAAGAGCUGCAGGAGGAAAAGCUAGAGUAAUGCCCUAACGGAUUGAGAAUUUAUAUGUACUGCUCUCGUGUGAUAAUUGUCGCCAGACUAGACUUAUAGUACUAUAACUUUAUUUGUUGACACUUGUAAAUAUUGCAGUUAAGAUAAAUGCUAGAAGACUCGCGACUUUCGGCUUGUGAUUCGCUGGGACAAAUGCCAUUGGUAUCUGCGAGGGUUGACUGAAAGUUACGUGAUAUUAUCUCCAGCUAGUUAAUCCUCGCUGGUGCCUAUGGAAUUUGUU